AUGGGGAACACUUUGGUUGCGACUGAAACAAUUUUCGCAAAAGGAGUCAGCCUUUUCCAAAUAGAAGUCAAUCUCAGUGAUGAUGGUCUCAAUCAUGUUGAGGAAGUAAUUAGCCUAGUUUUCAACCGCAUUGGGCUACUCAGACGUAGUGGAGCAAUUGCUUGGAUUUAUGAGGAACUUCGAAAAAUAGACGAAAUCAAUUUUCGCUUUAUGGAGAAAGUCGAUCCAGUAGCUGCGGUCAUCGCAUAUUCUUCUAAUUUGCAGCGUAUUCCUUUUCGAGACAUUCUGUCGUGGAAUCUUCUUUGGACGGAGUACAAACCUGAUCGAAUUAUGGAAAUCAUCAAGAUGUUGUCUCCGAAGAACAUGUUCUACAUUGUAAUUGCAAGGAAGUACAGCGGUCAGGAGGGCAAUAUUCACGAGCCGAUUUUUGGGACAGAAAUGAGAAUCGUAAAUAUAGAGGGGGAAACAAUGAAGCAGUUCGAAACCGCUCUAGAAACGGAGAAUCCUGCUCUGCGGCUACCGCUGAAGAACGACUACAUUGCUUCGAAAUUCGAUCUCAAACCACGAGAAACAAUCAAACGGGAACAUCCUCGCGUCAUACAAGACGAUGCAUGGUGUCGAAUUUGGUUCAAGCAAGACGACGAGUAUAAACGCCCGGUAGCUGUGACUAGGGUCGCACUCAUCUCUCCAGUGGUGUCAAAGUCCCCAAAAGCACUAAUGCUCUUUAAAAUGUUCUUAGCGUGUUUGCAAGACGCUUUGAUGGAAGAUAUUUCGAAUGCGGAUCUGGCUGGUGUCUACUGCAACAUAAGUGACGAAGAUUUCGGGCUUCUACUGGAAGUGGGUGGUUACGACGAGAAAACAACCGCAACUUGUUGA